GGGGUGCUCGCCGAGCUGCGCGGCUGCCGGGUGCGGCUCCGCGGCAACGCCAACACGCUGCGGGUGCGGGACUGUCAGGGCUGCACCGUGCUUUGCGGGCCCGUUUCCACCUCCGUGCUGGUGGACGGCUGCAGUGACUGCCUCCUGGUGCUGGCCUGCCAGCAGCUCCGCACCCAUCGCACUCGGGACAGCCGGUUCUACGUGCAGGUGACCAGCCGGGCUGUAAUCGAAGACUGCACUAAGGUCUCCUUUGCCCCUUACUCCUGGAGCUACCCUGGUAUGGAGAAGGAUUUCGAGUCUUCUGGGCUGGACAGAAACAGGAACAACUGGAACACAGUGGAUGACUUUGACUGGCUGGGGAGGGACAAGCCUUCGCCCAACUGGAGCCUGAUUCCUGAGCAGGAAAGGAUCACCUGCUGGGACUGACUGCAGAGGCAGCUUGGUGCUGGUCGAGAAGAGCUGCUGAAAUACAUUCAUUCAUAUGCAGGAGAACUUUGGUACCUGAUUCACCAUUAAAAACAAUUGCAUUCAGUGUUUAAAUUGUGAAUUACAAUGUAUGACUAUAUUCAGUGAUUUAAAAGUGCCAGUCAAAUAUAGUUUACUAUUCUGAAACAACUUGCUGCUAUGAUCGCUAUAUGCCACUGUGGAAUUUGUCUGCUACUGCAAUACCUCAUUGCUGCCUUUUUUCCUGAGGGAGGUGGGGCAAGGGGCCUUAGUACACAAAUAACAAUGUCUGCUUAGAGCUGUGCUGCUGUCACUCACCUGGACAAAAUAUGAAUUACCUGCAAGUAGUACGAGCUGUAUGGAAAUGGAAAGAUCAAAUACUAAAUUUCUCCUGUGUUCAUGGUGCUCAUGUUACAGACUGCAGUAUGCUAUAGAGCUUAACGUUACAGGGAGUGGAGGAGCGGACUUCUGUGCUCGAAGGGACGCAAAUUUAUAGGGGGAAUUUGUAAGUGCAGGCAUUAUAGGAGACUGAUAGGCUGACUGUCUUAGCUGUGAACCAGGUUCUGCUGAUGUGGAUGAAGUCUACAAGUUGUCUGUUAGGCUUUUAUGUCAAGUUGGGUAGCAAAUCUAAAGCAAAAAAGUCUCUUAAUGAAAAUUCAGUGCCCCACUAAUAGGAUAUUAAUAAAUGAUUGGAAUUAAGAAAGCUGUAGAGGCUAUAUAAAUAAUAAAACUUCACAAUCUGAAACUGUUACGUGAGUGGAUGCUCCUUCUAUGAACAGUUUUAACCUGAGAUGAAUGAGUAUUUCAAGCAUAUGUUUGAGGACAAACAGUAAGUGCUGGUUAACAUCCAUGUCACAAAAGCUGGGUAAAUUGGUCUGACUUUCAUGAAGAUGCUAAUUGUAGUGUGAAACUUCAGGAAGGGUUUUGUUCAAAUUUGUCCUGUUAGUAUGCCUAUUUUUCCUGUGUACCAGACAAUAAGCUCUUGAGUGCUAUGGCUGUAAUUUAUGGUACCCUGCUAUUGCGUAUAAAAAGCAGUGUUAACUCUGUAGAGGGAGUUAUUAGAAUGUGGGAACAAAGUUCUGCAUUCCAAAUUCAGAGUUUCGUGUAACCUUGAGCAGUAAAGGCAGUAAUACAGUAACUUGUCCUAGUCUCCUUUUUCUUCACUCAUACUCAGUACCAGAAAAAGCAGCAGCGUUAUGUUGUGGCAGGAUCUUUUUACAGCCCCUGUGAAUGGUGAAGUGACCAGUCCUCGUAUGUAAGGUGUAAAUAUAGCAGUUCUAGGUUUCCAAGAACACUCCUUAGCUUGCAGUAUUUCAAAAGAAUCACAUUGUUUAUCAUGCCGAAGAAACAGCUCGGAGCUGUAUUUAAAAAACACUGCAAGAUGUUUAUGCUGCCAUGUCAUCAUAUAUGUGCCUCUGUAAGGAAAAAUGAAUACCAACUGAACGAUCAAAAAUUACAUCAUUGCUAUGAGUACUUGAUUGCUUUUGCGCAGCUAAGAAACUUCUAUCUAUUUAUUUUCAGUGUAUUUAAUUUUAAUUUAAAAGCCAAAAAAAUUAUUGCAUAUUUUUGCAACCUUUACUUGUGCUGUUUACUUCUUGAAUGAAUUGGAUUUUGCAUUUUUAAUACUUGUUUUGAAUUGUUACAGAUGUCCCUUUAAUGAUGACUUUCCUUUGCAUUGAUAGCUUCAUAAAAUAAUUUAAAGACAA